AUGGUUCGGAGGAUGGGACUCGCAGGACUGCCUUUCACUCGUACGGACGUAAGACAUCGCCCAUACAGCAGAAGUGGCGUUACCGCGUCGGCACUGCCAGGCGAACCUUUUUUUUUUGGCAGGAUUUCCCAACCACCGUGCCUCCGUCACCAACUUCUGACCACUUGGGUUCAAGCCAGGACGAGGACUGCGCAUAGUCGAUGCAGCCGCGCCCGGCUGGGGUGGCACUGGCACCCCACACCGAAUGCCGCGUUUAAUUCUCACCAAACCUUAUAA